AUGUCCACAAACGCCACAGACGUGUCACACGUCCACAAACGCCACAGACACGUCACAUGUCCACAAACGCCACAGACACGUCACACGUCCACAAACGCCACAGACACGUCACACGUCCACAAACGCCACAGACACGUCACACGUCCACAAACGCCACAGACACGUCACACGUCCACAAACGCCACAGACACGUCACACGUCCACAAACGCCACAGACACCCACAAACGCCACAGACACGUCACACGUCCACAAACGCCACAGACACGUCACACGUCCACAAACGCCACAGACACGUCACACGUCCACAAACGCCACAGACACGUCACACGUCCACAAACGCCACAGACACGUCACACGUCCACAAACGCCACAGACACGUCACACGUCCACAAACGCCACAGACACGUCACACGUCCACAAACGCCACAGACACGUCACACGUCCACAAACGCCACAGACACGUCACACGUCCACAAACGCCACAGACACGUCACACGUCCACAAACGCCACAGACACGUCACACGUCCACAAACGCCACAGACACGUCACACGUCCACAACGCCACAGACACGUCACACGUCCACAAACGCCACAGACAGUCACACGUCCACAAACGCCACAGACACAUCACACGUCCACAAACGCCACAAACGCCACAGACACGUCACACGUCCACAAACGCCACAGACACGUCACACGUCCACAAACGCCACAGACACAUCACACGUCCACACAAACGCCACAAACGCCACAGACACGUCACACGUCCACAAACGCCACAGCAGACACGUCACACGUCCACAAACGCCACAGACAUGUCACACGUCCACAAACGCCACAGACACGUCACACGUCCACAAACGCAACAGACACGUCCACAAACGCCACAGACACGUCACACGUCCACAAACGCCACAGACACGUCACACGUCCACAAACGCCACAGACACGUCACACGUCCACAAACGCCACAGACACGUCACACGUCCACAAACGCCACAGACACGUCACACGUCCACAAACGCCACAGACACGUCACACGUCCACAAACGCCACGGACACGUCACACGUCCACAAACGCCACAGACACGUCACACGUCCCACAAACGCCACAGACACGUCACACGUCCACAAACGCCACGGACACGUCACACGUCCACAAACGCCACGGACACGUCACACGUCCACAAACGCCACAAACGCCACACAGACACGUCACACGUCCACAAACGCACACAGACACGUCAAACACGUCCACAAACGCCACAAACGCCACAGACACGUCACACGUCCACAAACGCCACAGACACGUCACACGUCCACAAACGCCACGGACACGGGACACGUCACACGUCCACAAACGCCACAGACACGUCACACGUCCACAAACGCCACAGACACGUCACACGUCCACAAACGCCCCAGACACGUCAUCACGUCCCACAUAACGCCCACAGACACGUCUCAACACGUCACAAACACGCCACAGACACGUCACACGUCCACAAACGCCACGGACACACACACGCACACACGUCCACACAAACGCCACAGACACGUCACACACGUCCACAAACGGACACAGACACGUCACGACGUCCACCAAACACCACAGACACGUCACAUGUCCACAAACGCCGCCACACGACAACGCCACAGACAUCACACGUCCACAAACGCCACAGACACGUCACACGUCCACAAACGCCCACAGACACCACUUUGA